GAAUGUCUAAAAGUUGACCAAAAUUAUCUGCUUGUCAUCUUGUAUCAACCUUUCUUUUCCACCUCCCACGUCCUUAUCUCUCUCAUCAAACUCUGCCACCAUGAACAAGCAUAAUCACCAACAGCCUGUCCUGAUGUUUCUUCUGCUACCUAUCUUCCUGUUCUUCCGAUCCAUUUCCGCUGUUGAUUUCACCUUCAAUGGCUUCGACUCUUCCGAUAUGUUACUUUAUGGAUUCGCCACCGUUGAGUCUCGUGUUCUAACACUCACUAAUAGAACGACUUUCACAAUGGGUCGUGCCCUUUACCCGCAAAAGAUUCCCGCAAAAAAGCUGAACUCUUCUUAUGUGUAUCCUUUCUCGACUUCUUUCAUCUUCUCCAUGGCUCCUUACAAGAAUACUCUUCCUGGGCAUGGCAUAGUUUUCCUUUUUGUGCCCUUUACUGGCAUCACAGGCGCGGCCUCAGCACAAAAUCUUGGCCUUUUCAACUUCACCAACAAUGGGAAUUCCAAGGAACAUAUCUUUGGAGUCGAAUUUGAUGUGUUUCAGAACCAAGAAUUCGAUGACAUAAACGCCAAUCAUGUUGGGAUCGAUGUGAACUCCCUCAAAUCAAUCCAAGCACAUGAUGCUGGGUACUGGCCCGACAACCAAAGAGGCAACAACGUCAGUGAUAUUGAUGAUGCGAACUCCUUCAAGGAAUUGAAGCUGAACAAUGGUGAAAAUUACCAAGUUUGGAUUGACUAUUCUGAUUCUUUGAUUAACGUUACCAUGGCUCCUGCAGGCGAGAAAAGACCUCUGAGGCCUUUGUUGAAUGUUUCUCUUAAUCUUUCUGAGGUGUUUGAGGAAGAAAUGUAUGUUGGCUUUACUAGUGCUACCGGAAAGUUAAUGGAAAGUCACAAGAUUUUGGCGUGGAGCUUUAGUAAUUCGAACUUUUCAUUAAGCGAAGAGUUGAUCACGAAGGGUUUGCCAUCGUUUGUUCUUCCAAAGGGGCCGAUAUUUCAUUCUAAAGGGUUCAUUGCAGGAAUGACGGUGGGAGGCUUCAUAGUUAUUUUACUUUGUGCCCUGUUUACUGUGUCUUGUAUCAAGAGGAAGCAAAUGAAAGCUAGGGAGAGAGCGGAAAUGGAAGAAUGGGAAUUGGAGUAUUGGCCCCACAGAAUUGCAUACCAAGAAAUAGAGGCGGCGACCGAAGGGUUUGCAGAAGAAAAUGUGAUCGGAAUAGGAGGGAAUGGGAAGGUCUACAAGGGGGUUUUGGUAGGAGGGGCGGAGAUUGCGGCAAAAUGCAUUUCAUAUGAAAAUGAUGGGAUGAGAGAAUUCUUGGCCGAAAUUUCAAGCCUUGGAAGAUUGAAGCACAGAAGUUUGGUGGGGUUGAGAGGCUGGUGCAAGAGAGAGCAGGGAAGCUUCCUGUUGAUCUAUGACUACAUGGAAAAUGGAAGCUUGGACAAGUGGGUAUUCGAAUGCAGUAAGAACAAGAUGUUGAGCUGCGAAAAUAGGAUAAGGAUUUUAAAAGAUGUGGCUUCGGCAGUCUUGUACUUGCACGAGGGAUGGGAAUCCAAAGUCCUGCAUCGAGACAUAAAGGCCAGCAAUGUGUUGCUUGACAAGGACAUGAAUGGAAGGUUAGGGGAUUUUGGACUAGCUCGGAUGCACGGCCAUGGUCAAGUGCCUUCCACAACAAGAGUGGUUGGGACGGUCGGAUACUUGGCGCCGGAGGUGAUAAGGAGUGGGCGGGUAUCUGCUCAAACUGAUGUGUUCGGAUUUGGGGCCUUGAUCUUGGAAGUCAUGUGUGGGAGGAGGCCUAUAGAGGAGGGAAAGCCACCUUUGGUAGAUUGGGCAUGGCAAUUGAUGGUACAAGGGCAGCUAUUGAAUGCCUUGGAUGAAAGGUUGAGGGCUAUAGGUGGGUUUGACGAGCAAGAAGUCGAUAGGGUGCUGCACUUGGGGUUGUUGUGUGUAUAUCCUGACCCAAGUUCCCGGCCAACCAUGAGACAAGUGGUGAAAGUUUUGGAGGGGAAUACUGAGGUGGACGAGCUUGGAAGUGAAGAUAUGGAUGCAUAUUUGCUACAGAGAUUGAAAUCUGGUUGGUCCGAGUUUUCUAUGCAUUUUGGCUCUUCAUCUCACCCAACAUUUGAAGAUAUUCGACAGUCUUCAUUGAUGUCUCUGUCUUGGUCGGGUAGGUGACUGAUUCUGCAUAUAUAAAAUGAAUGGAUAAGGACAUUUUGUUGGGCAAGAAAAUUGUUGGAAAUCUUGAUCUGUUUGUAUCAGCUUUGAAGAAACAUAGAAUAUUGCUUUUGUAGGGAAUAAAUGAAUGGCUGGCAAACUUGGCAAGGCAAUCGAGGAUAAAGUGUGUGAUGAGGGUAGGGGCUAUUUGAAAGCUUUUAUGUCUCUCAUUCGUUCAUUUGUGUAUAUUGGGGUUGGAGUCGGUGUAUAUAUCAGAAUACUUCAUAUGGACCACAACUUAAACAUUUCUAAUGGAUUUAAAGUGCAGACAGGGGCAUCAGCAUGAGGGGAAGAAAAAAGUGUUUGAAUCUUUUAUCCAUACUAUUUGAAUCUUUUACACUAAAAAACAAAGCAUUUUUAAGAAGACGAGUGGUGGCUGCGUCAGAUUGGGUGGCUGGACAACAGAUUCGGUGGCUAGACGUUAGACUGGAUGGGUUAGCGAUGGACUGGCUGGAAGUCAACCUGGGUGGUCGUCUACUGGUGGCAGCAACAAGAAAUGGAGCUGGUAGUGGUCAUCUUGGUGGUGGUUGUCUGAUUGUGGCAACAACAAGUGGUGGAAUUAGUAGUGGUUGCUGGUGGCGGGGUGGCGGCAAGACAACUUGUCGGGUAUGAGAGGUAGAGGGAAGGGAAGAAAAUUUAUUUGGUAGGGUAUUUCAUUCUAGUACAAAUCACAUAUGGUGAACCUCAUGGUGUUAUCUUAUGUAAUGCUGAAAUGAAAUAUUUUUGUUGGUUGAUGUUAAUGAGGUGAAACCAGCAAGUGACGAUCUGAAGUGUUUCUGUUAAACAAUAUUACACAGUAUUUUUUAUUUUAUAAAAA